UCCUUUACUUCCUGUUUUUUUUGUUAGAUUAUGUCUGUUCUGUCUUGAAAUUAUGUUAUGAAUUAAAAAGUUUGAUUUUUGGAGUAGUUAAGGAUAAAGCGAGUGAGUUAAAGCAACAAAUUUCCCAUCUUUGAAUUAUGUAGGCAAAUAUUAGAAUAGGCCAUGUAGAGAAUAAAAUAGAUUCAAGAAUUUUGAUAUACAAAACUUAACUCUUAGGUUAAAUUUCUUAUUAUUUUAAUUAGUUUUUGUAGGUUUGUUUUUUUCUCAGCCCUUUUUAAUAUAUUGUAUGGUUGCAUCAAAUACCAUAGAAUUAUUGUAGUUGUAAAAUAGAGCAACUGUGUGCAUUUGACUGUGAGCAAUUUGUAUGAUAAACGUUCAUGUCGUUGUGUUUGCUUAAGCACGGUUGUGUAUCCAUUAUGAUUUAUGUUUUUUUUUCCUUUGAAUAUUUGGUGUAGUUUUUCGUUUGAUUUGGUUUUUAAUUGUCUAUAUCUUUCGCCUUUUCCGUUUGGUUCUUUUUGAACUUCUAUGUCGCAUUGAAGAUGGCAGUGAAGAUGACAGAACAAUCACACCUAUCCGACGACAAAGACAGUUUAGAGCUUCUAAAGACAUUAGACGCUGAUGAUAUUUUGGAGAUUUUGUCGUCAAUUGUUUUUUGCGGGCAAUGUCAUGAUCUUUUGUGCAGUCAAAUUCAAGAUGUUGUUAAUAGAAAAGUUAGUAAAAAGUCGUCAUCUAUUGAUGCCGUCUUAAUUGAGAAAGAAUUUCAGCCUGCAGAUGCUACAAACAUCUCUUUAAUUAAAGAAAACGAGGAAUCUGUGUCUACCGAGCAAGAGAGCCAUCUAGCGACCUCUAACCAAUCCGUCUCUACCAAGCAAGAGAGCCAUCUAUCGACCUCUAGCCAAUCUGUCUCUACCGAGCAAGAGAGCCAUCAAUCGACCUCUAACCAGUCUAUGUCUACCGAGCAAGAGAGCCAUAUGCCUGAAUCUGUUUACUCAAGGCAGAAUGUGCAGACAAAGGAUUCUUCUCCUGCAUCAUUAAAUCUCAGCCCCCAGAAUUCGGCUAAUCGUCCCGGUGGAUCUGAAAUAUUAUUAAAUGAUGGGCUUUCGCAUGUGACCGCUACGGAAAGGAAUGGUUUAUCGGAGGAUCAGAAAGAGCAAAUUAGAUUGUCGAAUGUUGUAAGGAAGAAAAAUUUUGUUUAUAUUGAGAAGAUAGAUGGGAAAAGAACCAAUAUUCUUGAAGGGCUUCAGCUUCAUAAUAAGGUUUUUAAUCCAGAAGAGCAGAAAGAGAUAGUCGAAUUUGUUUACGAUCUACAGCGCAUGGGCCAGAAGGGGCAACUUAAAGAACGCACAUAUACGGAGCCUCAAAAAUGGAUGCGUGGCAAAGGACGCGUAACGAUGCAAUUUGGAUGUUGUUAUAAUUAUACAUUGGAUAAAGUUGGGAACCCUCCGGGUAUAAUUAGAGAUGAAGAAGUUGAUCCUCUACCGUCUGUUUUCAAACAAAUGAUCAAGAGAAUGGUUAGGUGGCAGGUGUUGCCAUCAACAUGCAUCCCCAAUAGCUGCAUCGUGAACAUAUAUGAUGAAGGGGAUUGUAUUCCUCCCCAUAUUGAUCAUCAUGAUUUUCUUCGACCGUUUUGCACGGUGUCAUUCUUGUCCGAAUGCAAUAUACUUUUCGGUUCAAAAUUGAAGAUUAUUAGUCCAGGAGAGUUCUCAGGACCUGUUUCCAUACCUUUGCCUGUUGGGUCGGUCCUUAUUCUGAAUGGUAAUGGAGCUGAUGUUGCCAAGCAUUGUAUUCCUGGAGUCCCGGCCAAAAGGAUUUCCAUAACUUUCAGGAAAAUGGAUGAUAGCAAACUACCUUAUGACUUUUUGCCUGAACCUGAGCUCGUCGGGAUUAAGCCUUUUAUAUAUUCUCGUUGGACAAAGACAUCAAACCAGCAAAGCCAGCCUCAAGAGCAUCUUAGUUAUCAUUCUGCUGCUGUGUCAUUGAUGCAACAAAAUAAUCAUCAGAAGAACGAACCUAUAGUGAAAAAAUCUGAAGAAGUUGCUGCUAGUAAACCCUCCUUUUCCAUUAUUGAUAGUGAAGAUUUUCCUGCACUGGGCAGCUCAAGUUAUUCGAGUCGACGUCGAGCCAACAGGACUUGAUGAAAUACUAUAUUUCUGUUAGUUGGUAGUAGUAAUUAAUAAUAAUAUAAUUAUUAUUACUAAUAAUUGCUAUCAUCUUAGUUCAAAAUUACUAAAUUUUUCUGUAUUUUAGAUUUUUUCUUUUGUAUUUUAAAAAUUGUAUUUAAAUUUUCAUUUAAAUAAAUCCUCUAACAUUAGCUUUUUCUACAAGGGAAUAAAUUACCUGUCGUUGAUGCAAACAUGUUAAUACUUUAGGAUAUAAUCUUUGCAUCUUAUGCAGCUACAUGAAACUGAGUAGCAUCACUUCUGAUUAUUUUGCUCAUUUCCCCUAAUCAAUUCUAAUUAAAUAAAAUUAUCACGAACCCUUACACUAAACUCCAUGAAAGCGGUUGCGAUGAUCUCUGACCGCUUCCGCUGCUACUCUUCCCCUUUUCCUUCUUUAACGGAGCAACUGCUUGAGGAGUGUCUUCCCCAUUACUUGAUCUUCUUUGUAUUUUGCUUGCUCUUUCGCUGUAAAUGCUGAUCAUUCUCUUUCGCCGCUGGUGCCGCUGCUCUUCCCUCCGCCGCCGUCGAUUAACAACAGAGAAUGCAGAAUCAUCAAAGCCGGACGUUUCAACAAUUCACAAUCUCUAAUUUCUGAGUCAUAAAUAGCACAGAGAUAAGUAUUACUUUUAUCCUUUUUUUAAUUAUGAAUUAUAUCAUGAAGAGUUUAUGCAUUUUGAAGACUGUUAUUGAAUUUUUGUCCCUGAAAAAAAACUGACCAAAGCAACAAAGCUAACUGUUCCAUUAAGCAUCUCCACCGUUGCCAAGUAAGUUUCUCUUUUUCACCUUUUCCAAAUUAUGGGAUAAUGGAGGAUCUCAAGUGAGUAGGAGCUUGGAAAGUUUUAAUUUCAAUUGCGUUCCUGUAAUUUUCCUUAAACAAAAUAUAGGGCUUUCACUUUGUUCAGUGUAAUUGAUCUUUAAUCAACGUGCAAUUAAUCUAUGAACUAUAACAUUACGGAUAAUUCAUGACGGAGGAAGCGGUUGAAUCUAUGAAAGCGGUUAUUAACGGUUACAUCCGGCCAUUGUGAUUUAUCCAAGGGCUUAAAAAGUGGUUUCAAAAUUCAUUUUGAGGCGACAACCGCAUUUCCGGCGCAGGCGACAGUUAUACUAUUGAAAGGAAUUUCCCUGAUAAUGGGUGCACUGCUUGCAUGAGUCACAACACAAUACUGAUGCAUUAUAUUGGUAAGUUAUUCUGAACUAAUUAUAUGAGUCAUAAAAAUAGGUGCUUCAAGGAGAAUUAUUUAAAAUCUCUUAAACAAACACUUUUUUUCUGUUCGAAUAAAGUGAAUAACGUUUUUAUUUUUAUUAAUUUUUUCUUUAAAAAAUAAUUUUCAUGAUGUUUCCCUUUUUGUGUGUUUUACGGUUUUCCUUUUUCAUUGUUAGUUUUUGGCAUAUAUGUGAAUAUCAUAGGGUUGAUAAAGAUAUUAAAAAUAAUUUUUGAAAUUGCAUAUUUAAAUUUUUUAAUUAAUCAAGAUUUUGAGUUUUGAUUGAGGAAGGUAUAGAAAUUGGGUACUCUUAAAGUUGAAAAGUUUCAAAAUUUAAGUCAGAUAAUUUGAGACGGUUAUUUCCUUUGUUUGUAAAUCUUGUAUUUUGCAAAUGGAAUAAUCGGCCAUCCCGUCAGAUUAUGCAUUUUCUAAAAGAAAUGGAAUUCCUCUUUCAAAUGCAUUUCCUCUUUCUUUUCUUAAUUUAAGGCUAUGAUCAAGUUUGGUUACUUAGUGUUCAUUUAAAAAAUGAUCCAAUAUAUCUUGCAACACAUAAAAUCUCAUAUAUAUGCCAAAAUAGUUUGUUUUUUAUUUAUUAUUUUAUUAAAAAAUUAUUUGAUAUUGUUCUAUCUUCAAUAUUAGAUACAUCUUUUGAAGCAAAGCCUUGAUGUUGAAAGUAUUAGCGUGUUUUUAGAUGUUUUUUUGUUGUUUAAUUUAAUCUUUAAAAUGAACUGGCUAAGUUAAUAAUGCGAAUUUUGUCUUGUCGUAUUAAAUCUCUAUCCCCAAUUGGGUGUUUAUUGCCCUUUAUGGGUGUUUAUAUCACAUAUGGCGAGUUUUCUUUAUCACGUUUACUUAUGUAAGAGGGGCUUCUCAAAUAGCCCCUCUAGCUCACAUCCUUCCUCGGUUAUCUCAUUGGACACCGCUACUGGCAGGUAAGAUCGAAUUAAUUUUAUUAUUGUUCAUAAUUUAAAUAAUCAGGUAUUCUAUUAUGAUGAUUGUUGCUCUGGAUGAUCUCGACAUUUCAAUUUUUGCUUUCCUACAAAAUCAAGCUAAUAUUUAUAGCACAUUAGCCGCUACCAACUGUAA